AUGAUCUUCUUCUUUUUUGCUAAAGGGGAUACUCUCUCAGUUCAAAAUCUGUACCAAUGCUUGAAAGAUUUUAGUGCUGUCACUGGCCUUGAAGCUAAUCAAGUAAAAUGUUCAGUUUACUAUGGUGGAGUCUCAGCCACUGUUAAAAAAUCAAUUGAAGAAUGUCUGGGCUUCAAAGAAGGAUCAUGGCCAAUUAAAUAUCUUGGAGUUCCUCUACUGCACAAAAGACUGUCCUAUGCUGAUUGCCUCCCUCUCAUUAAUAAGAUUAAUGGUCAACUGCUAAGCUGGAUGAAAUGCAAAAGUUUAUCGUACGCAGGAAGGAUUCAGGUGAUAAAAAGUGUCAUACUUGGAGUUCAAAUCUUUUUGACUUCUAGCUAUUAUCUACCAAUGAAAGUUCUUCAAAAAGUGGAUGAGCUAUGCAGGAUUUAUCUUUGGGGGAAAAAUGAACAAUCUCUCAAAGUUGCUCUUGUUUCUUGGGAGAAAAUUUGCUUGCCUAAGGAUCAGGGGGGCCUGGGUAUAUAUUCUGCUGUAAACUGGAACAGAGCCUCUGCCUUGAGGAAUCUGAAGGAUCAGGGGGGCCUGGGUAUAUAUUCUGCUGUAAACUGGAACAGAGCCUCUGCCUUGAGGAAUCUGUGGUAUGUUCAUAUCAACAAAGAACUGCUGUGGAUAAGAUGGAUUCAUGGUAAUUAUUUAAAAAGAGACAGCAUAUGGCGAGUUAAAGCAAGAAAUGGGGAUUCCUGGACUUGGAAGCAGAUGUUGAAAAUUAGAGACAAUGCUUUGAUUCAAUGUGGAGGAGAGGAAAAUCUGAAACAGUUCUUAGCUUCUCACUAUAAAAAUACUAAAGUUCAGCUCUCUUCUCUUUACAAGUUAUUCUCCCAUAAUACUAGCAAAGUGAGAUGGAGCAACACUGUUUGGGGAGGUUUGAACUAUCCUAAACAUUCUUUUAUUUGUUGGCUUGCUGUCCAAAACAGGCUGCAAACAAAGGAUAGAUUGAUGAAGAGAGGGAUUGUAAAUGAAAAUAUGUGCACCUUAUGUUCCAGGCUGCAAACAAAGGAUAGAUUGAUGAAGAGAGGGAUUGUAAAUGAAAAUAUGUGCACCUUAUGUUCGGGUCAGGAGAACAGAGACCACCUUUUCUUUGACUGCCCUUUUUCUAGUGAGAUUUGGAACCAGGUGAUGUUGUGGCUUCAAUUCAAAUGGACAGCUUGCAAUUGGCAUAAUCUUCUGAACUGGUACUGUAACAAUCUUAGAGGGAAUGGGGACAAAGUGAAGAUUAAAAGAUUGGCGUUUACUACCACCCUGUACAAAAUUUGGUGUGAACGCAACUGUAGAAUUUUCGAGCAACAGUGCAAGAGCAAAGACCAAUUGGUUAAGGAGAUCAAGAUGGACAUAUUGAUCAUUGUCCUCAACAGCUCCUUGCCGGAUAACUGCAAAGAAUGGAUUAGCCUCUGUAAAUAG